CAACAUUAUGUAGCUUAUGAAGUUACAAUUACAAGAGUAAUACAAAAACUUAAGCUUGUCCAUGCAUAAAAAAAAGUUGUUGUCUUGGGCCCAUAGACUUUUUUUGUGCUCGUUAGGGCCCGUUCUCCUUUCAAUUUUAGGCCGGCCCGAUUUUGUUCCAACUUCCCACUGAAGGUACAGAGGAACAGAAGUGCCUCACGUAAAUUGAACUUUUCAACUUUGAAGGUUUCGUUUGAUUGAGCAACUCUCAAUCGAAGUCUUUGAUUAUUCUUACACAAAUCAGCCUCAAAUUAGCAUCUGAAAGUCGUUGCCACAUCUGGGUUCAUCGUCAAUUAGUCCUUCAAUAGAGUCUUUCAUCGUAAGUUUCCCGUGAUUGCUCUCUUUUCUUCCAUAUUCGUCCUUUGCAUUUUGUUUAUUUCUUGAAGGGAUUGGCUCCAGCAUCUUCGUUAGUAUCACCGCUGCUCAAAUUCAUUUAAUUCACCAAUUUCUGUUUCCAUAGUUUGCGUCAAUUUGGAUGGUCCUGUUGCUGAGCAUAUUUGAUCUGGUAUAGACUUGGAUUGGAGUUGAAUGGCUUCCAGGAGGAACAUUCCGUAUAGUCGUCUUCCUACAUAUGAAGAUGAGGAUUAUGAAGAUGAUGUCGGCAUAGGGAAAAAGCAGCGCGAUGCUCGAUUUGAUUAUUCACCGAAAUCCUAUGAUAGAGUCCCUUGGAAAUCCAUUUUAUUAGCAUUGUUUUUGCUUUCUCUGGGGUGUCUCCUUCUUUUCCUAGCAUUCUUCAUCCUCACCGGUCACAUGGGAGGGGAAAGUUCCCAAGCAUAUGGUCUUCUAGGACUCGGGUUCCUUACUUUUCUCCCAGGUUAGUUGACAUGGUUUAUUGUCCAUAUUUCACUUUUUUCUGGUUUUUAUGAUCUUGUUGUAGGCAUUGUGGGUGAAAUCUUUGUGUUCAGAAGGCACUAUUCGCUGUCAAUUUUAAUUGAGAGCAAAAUGACCUAGUAAAAUGGAAUGAUGACAAGUAUAUAACCAAACUGUAGUUUAUGCCCUUUUGAGAGUUGGAGAAUUAAUUGUGCAUUCACUUAGAAUAAAGCCUUCCUCAUUUUGUUGUACACUAUUUACAUCUUUCUGAAGCCCGUAGUAGGCUUGGCAUUUUGCUGGAGCUUCUGGUCAGCGCUGGCAAUAUGAUGUUGUUUUGUGCGAAUAAAAUGCCUGACGUCUCUAGAAAUGAUAAGCUGGGAUGUGGGUCUUGUCUAACUUCCAGAUUGCAUCUUCACUAUAUCCACACAGUGCUAUAAAUGUAUUUCUUGAGCAACUCUUGUCUCUGGAAACAACUGACUGCUACCUGUGCUUGUAGGUUUUUAUGAGACACGGAUUGCAUAUUACUCCUGCAGGGGUGCUCAAGGAUAUCGAUGGGCUUCCAUCCCUGAUUACUGAUAUCAGUAUUUUGUGGAAGUUCUGUUGUGGAUACAGUAUAGUAUUUUCACCUUUUCCUUUUUGGAUGCUCCAUGUUAGCAGUCCAAAAGAUCUUUAGUACGAAAUUGAACUUUUCAAUGUGUAUUUGCAUGUCUUGUAAGUAUUAAAACUCAAAGUUUUGAAGGCUAGAAAUGUACGCAGUGUUCAAAUGUCUACUUGCAUCGCUACUGCUGACCUUAAAAGUUGCUUGAUUAUGUGGUAUUCCUUUCAGUUGACAUUCUUUCACAAUUGCAUUACAGUGUGACUA